CACAAAUCAACUUUCAAGUCCAAGAUGGCGACGGUAAUAACAAGAAUGGAUGAUUGCUUUUGGAAAGUCGUUAGAAUAACUAGAAUCAAAGCCUAGUCGCCCUAUUAAGYUCYUCRCAAUGCARGCAAACGAAGCUAGAUUCUUAAAAAGGCGAGUAAAAGGAGGUUCAGUCGAUGUCCAUCCAACAGAAAACGCCAUUGUUGUUAAYUAUGAAGUUGAAGCACUCAUUCUUGGAGAAAUGGGGGAACCCAUGGUCGGUGAAAGGAAAGAAUGCCAAAAAGUAAUCCGGUUGAAGAGUCUCAAUAAUACGACUAACAUCGGUGCACUGGCAAAGGAAAUAAUUGAAAAAUGUAAACUGAUUCAUCCUUCAAAGCUACCCGAAGUUGARCAGUUAUUGUACUAUUUACAAAACAGGAAAAAUAAUGGGAAAGGCAAAGAAGGYAAAAAAUCAGAAUAUAAAAUGCUGCAUGAAGCUGCCGCGCCAGACUUUGAAGACACUGAGAUUGAUGAGGUAGCCAAUAUCAAUGACAUUGAUGACUACAUAGAAUUACUUUAUGAAGAUAUUCCAGAGAAAGUGCGUGGCACAGCAUUGAUACUCCAGAUUUCACGAAACCCAGAUAACUUAGAAGAAAUAGCUCAAAAUGAAACUGUUCUGGGAGCAUUAUCAAGAGUUUUACGCGAAGACUGGAAGAAGAGCACAGAAUUAACAACAAACAUUGUUUACAUGUUCUUCUGUUUCUCAAGCUUUUCUCAAUUCCAUUCAAUAAUUAUCCAUUAUAAAGUUGGUGCCAUGUGCAUGCAAAUCAUGGAACAUGAAAUAUCACGCUAUGCAUCCUGGACMGAAGAACUUGAAAAGAAAAAAUCUGGUAACAACAGAAAGGAAUAUGAAAAAAGUUAUAAGAAGUUUCUUGGACUUGUAAAGAAACAAGACCAACUGUUAAGAGUGAUAAUCUAUUUGCUCCUAAAUCUGGCCGAAGAUGCCAAGGUUGAGAUGAAAAUGAAGAAYAAAAGGAUUGUCAAUAUGCUGGUGGAACUACUCGAUAGAGAAAACCCAGAUCUUCUUAUCAUGGUUGUCUCAUUUCUCAAAAAACUCAGUAUUUUUGCCGAAAACAAGGAUGAAAUGGCAGACAGUAAAAUCAUUGAAAGAAUCGCCAGACUGGUACCAAAUUCAAAUGAGGAUUUGCUGAACAUAACUCUACGAUUGCUGCUGAAUCUUUCGUUUGACGCACAACUAAGAGACAGGACGGUGAAAGCCGGKUUGGUCCCGAAACUUGUGCAACUUAUCAUUUAUUAUUUCGGUUUGUUUCAGGUCAUGAAAAUGAUGCUUGAAAGCCCCGGCGAGACGAUUGAAUUGGAGCUGAUAGCUCUUUCCAUCAACCUCGCGGCUAAUAAACGAAAUGCUCAACUCAUUUGUGAAGGACCUGGUCUAAAGCUACUGCUGAGAAGAGCCUUCAAGUUUCAAGAUGCAUUGCUUCUCAAGAUGAUACGGAACAUCUCUCAACACGAGGGUCCUACAAAGGAACAGUUUAUUGACUUCAUAGGMGACCUGGCCAAAGCAGUCUUAACGUGUCCMGAUGAAGAAUUUGUUGUAGAAGCGCUUGGCAUUCUGGGUAAUCUAACAAUCCCCGACUUAGAGUUUCGACAGCUGUUGGUCGAUUAUGGGAUGUUAGAUUUUAUAAAGCUCAAGCUACAGCCGGGUAGGUUUCUGUUGAUACAGUCAACUCUCGCUCCUGCCUAUCUCAUUGACUUGAUGCACGACAAAAAUGCUGAGAUAAGGAAAGUGUGUGAUCAGACUUUGGACAUAAUAAUGGAAUACGACGAAGAAUGGGCAAAAAAGAUUCAAGGAGAGAAGUUUCGCUGGCACAAYUCACAGUGGCUCGAAAUGAUCGAAAACCGAGCACAGAUGGACGAAGAAGAGGGCUUUAUGUACGCCGGGGAUAACGAGGCGCCUUAUCUCGACGCGGACCUCUUAGAUCGACCAGAGCUCUUUUACGGACACCCGGGAUAUGAUGACCCUGUCACAUUAAUGUCCCGUGAAGGAGCAACCACUCCUGAUUUCAUGACCGGGGAGGCUGGGGAGUAUAUGGUGUUUGACGACGGAGAGGAUCCGUAUGGUGGCGCCGACCGGAGAUAUAUCAACCAAUACAUGAUGCAACAAUACCCGGGGGAAGGGUACCAGGGCAAUGGAUACCCGGGUGRUGAAGAGGAAGUUGAUGACUGGGGACGACUUAUAGGAGAUCCUGGAGUACAGGAGCAGUAUCCGACACAGGGGCAAAUUGCGAGACCGGGUAGUCGGUACGGGGGAAGGCCAGUAUCUCCCCGGUAUGCCGAGGAAGCGUAUGAUGAUAGAAAUACAGAUAUGUAUGGUCGACCAGUAUCCCGUGCAAUGCAGUAUGGUUAUCGAUAACGUUAUUAAUGAACUGUACAAUAUAUUAUUGUAAAAAACAACAGUGCUUUUUAACUUUGCUUUGUAAAAAGCCUGAAUUCACGGUGUUUUCAGAAAGUGCUGUACAGAAUGUAAUCUUAUCCUGGAUGAAAACAUUAAGUAUAAUUCAUGCUGCAAAUUCGUCUUGUUGAUUAUUGCCCUAUUUUACAUGGGGGGGUCGAAAGAAUCAAUCAAAGCAAAACGAGAAUUUUAGUCGUAUUUUCUAGUUAUUUAAUGUAACGUUAAAAUGAUGGUCAGACGCAGUAAAUUUAUGGAUGCUUUGUUACCACAUAUUUCUCGUAUAGUAAAAAUUAAUCAGCAUUAGUCAUAACUUUAUUUCCGCUUGCAAUCAUGCUGUCACGGGAGAAAGCGCUUCGGUA